UUUGGUGUAGCGUUAGAGGGUAACAUUAUCUUUAUGGUAUGAAAUAUCUGAAAUGUUUUAUGUUUUGUAGCUGUAAAAACGUAACGAUGCUAUGAUUAAAUGUUCCAAAUAUGUCUACAUUGUUCGCUACAGCAUCUAUUUAAACUAACAAAAAAAAAAAAAAACUGAAGUAACAGGAAGUAAAAAGGAGGAGCUGAGAACUCUUUCAUGUCCUUUAUAUAUAUGAAGAUGCUCAAAUGAUAUUCUGCAUAUGUCAGUUUCUUGAAGCUCAACACAACUUCAGGAUUUCUUUCUUCACUGUCAACACAUCAUUUAAAACAAUGAGAUAUCUGAUGGUUUUGCUGUUUCUGGUGAUCUUCUGCUCUUUGGAGCUGCAUGCAGCUCCAGUUGCCUCUGAUUUGGCCAAAUCAAAAUGCUGUUCUGUGUUCCGCAAUGCACAGAUUCCUCUGAAACUGGUAAAGUCGUACUAUUGGACUGACAGCAGCUGCCUCAAACCAGCUAUUGUGUUUCAGACUGACAAAAGGGUGGUCUGUGUAGAUCCGGAAACCAGCUGGGUGAGCAACCACAUCGCUAAAAUUGACAAAAUUACCAUUAGAGCAACGACCCAAACCAACACCAGGUUGUUUCAAGAACCAGAUUUCACCACAUACAACACUGAAACCAACACUGAUAACCACUAUAUUGCAAAGAAGGACAACAUGAGAACUAUAACAACAGCUACGACCCAAACCAACACCAGGUUGUUUCAAGAACCAGAUUUUACAACAGAAAACAUUAAAGGAGACAAACUCAAGAUGUGUUUAGCUCCUAAAAUAUAAUGUUGCAAAGUUAGAAGGAUGUGAAGAAGGACUGUUAUUUAUGUAGCUGUAAAAAUACUCCCCACUGAUAACAUCACUGAAAUUAACUUCAUAGUUUCCGUCUCUCUUCACUUAGUUGUAUCUUCCUGCUAUCAGAAAUAUCAAACAUCUGUCUGAG